UGAUUGUGUCCCAGUCCAAUUAGAUCCAUUAUUUUUUGUAAUAAAAAAAAGUGAUAAAAAGUUACAUUAAAUAUUGUCUUCAUGCAGAUAAAUAGCUUACUAUAAAAAUUAUUUUGGGAAAAAUGAAGCAAAUGGAUUAUUUGAAGAUGAAGACAGAGGAUGAAUUCCCUAGUAAUCAACUGAGUUCAGAUUUGAAGGAAGUGCAUAAUGCUGCUAAAAAGCUUGCUUCUGAUGUUAUCAGGCUUGGUGGUUUGGGUUUUGGCACCUCUUUUCUUCAAUGGAUUGCUUCCUUUUCUGCCAUUUAUUUGUUGGUUUUGGACCGCACGAACUGGAAGACUGAGAUCCUAACCGGCCUCUUAGUGCCUUACAUUUUCUUCAGUCUCCCUGGGAUUUUGUUCAACCUUCUGAGGGGAGAGGUUGGAAUGUGGAUUGCUUUCGUGACUAUCAUAUUGCGUGUUUUCUUUCCACAACGCUUCCCUGAUUGGCUGGAGCUGCCAGGUUCUGUCAUUAUCAUCAUAGUGGUAGCUCCGAGUUUGUUAGCAUCCUAUGUCCGUGGUGGUUGGAUUGGCGCAGCAAUUUGUUUGGCGAUUGGAUGUUACUUGCUGCAAGAACACAUUCGAGCAUCAGGAGGGUUUAGGAACUCCUUCACAAGGGCUAACGGGGUAUCAAACACCGUAGGCAUAAUCCUUUUGCUGGUCUAUCCAAUUUGGUUCCUGAUAGUCAACAUUCUCUAAUCUGCUUGAAUUCUUCUGUGGCUUGUACAUUUGUUGACUGUUUUUACAUGUACAAGGCUUAGUAUCCUAUCAUUGUUUGUUAUUGCAUUUAAAUUUUUGUGCUGAACAUGCUUUGAUUUCAUUUGUUUGUACCUAAGUUAUUAAGAGUCAAAUUAAAUUUAUGUGGAUUCUUAAGCUUUUGUCACAUCA